GUAGAUUCGCCGGAUGCGAAAUGUGUUGAGUUGGUAAAUGUGAAAGAAAUGGUGGUUAUUAUUGGAGCUCAGCCCUUUGUUCUUUGAGGCACCCUGAAUAUAUUUCGAAACAGACCGAAGACGAAAAUUUGCGUCCGCAAGAUUCUUUGUUGGUGAUUGUGGGGGGUGAAGUUUUGUCUAUGUGGGCCACCAUCUAUGCAGCGCACCAAUGGCUGACAAUGUGAAUGUGACAGUGGACAAUGAAGUAGACAGAUCUCAAGGGGAGCUUCGGCACCGCAACACCAGCAGCAGCAACACAGAUGGAGGAUCCACCCGGCCGGUCUCGGAGAAUAAUGGAGGAGGAGGAGGAGGAGGAGGAGGAGGAGGAGGCACCGGCACCAGGGGGGCUGGAGAAGGGGUGGAGCUUAAUGGCCAGCCCCCCUCUGCUCCUCAGCGUGCAGCUGCACCCCCACCACAGGUGCUGACGGACAGCGAGGACGAGGAGGACGAAGAGCUGACGCUGAAGUACGGGGCCAAGCACGUCAUCAUGCUCUUCGUGCCCGUCACCCUCUGCAUGGUGGUGGUGGUGGCCACCAUUAAGUCCGUCAGCUUCUACACGCAGAACGACGGACAGCAGCUGAUCUACACUCCGUUCCGCGAGGACACUGAGACGGUGGGCCAGAGGGCCAUCAACUCCAUCCUCAACGCGGCCAUCAUGGUCACCGUCAUCGUCGUCAUGACGCUGGUGCUGGUGCUGCUCUACAAGUACCGCUGCUACAAGGUGAUCCAUGGCUGGCUGUUCAUCUCCUCCCUGCUCCUGCUCUUCUUCUUCUCCUUCAUCUAUCUGGGGGAGGUGUUCAAGACGUACAACGUGGCGAUGGACUACAUCACGCUGGCGGUGAUCGUGUGGAACUACGGCGUGGUGGGCAUGAUCUGCAUCCACUGGAAGGGGCCCCUGCUGCUGCAGCAGGCCUACCUCAUCAUGAUCUCCGCCCUCAUGGCCCUCGUCUUCAUCAAGUUCCUGCCCGAGUGGACCGCCUGGCUCAUCCUGGCCGUCAUCUCCGUAUACGAUCUGUUGGCGGUGCUGUGCCCCAAAGGGCCUCUGCGUAUCCUGGUGGAGACGGCGCAGGAGAGGAAUGAAGCCAUCUUCCCCGGCCUCAUAUACUCUUCAACCAUGGUAUGGCUGGUGGGUAUGGCCGACAACGUGGAGACCAAGAAUAAUUCCAGCUCCACGCCCUCCUCCCAGCAGACCGACAGCCAGGCGGUGCCGAUGACGCCGACGGGCCAACAGCAGCAGCAGCAGCAGCUGAGCGAGGACGACGGGGGCUUCACGCACGACUGGGUGGGGAAUCAGGAGCAGCAGCUGGGCCCUCUGCAGUCCACGGAGGAGACGCGGCGGCAGAUCCAGCAGAUGCCCUCCGCACGCCCCCCGCCCGACGACGAGGAAGAGAGGGGUGUAAAGCUGGUCCUGGGAGACUUCAUCUUCUAGAUCAGCAGUUCCCAAACUUUUCCCCCUGCGCACCCCCUUGUACAUUUUAAUGUGGUUUGCGCACCCCCUAAGAGUAUGUUUGCACUAUGGGAUAGCAAGUCACUGCACAUUAUGCAGAGUAAUUUUGGAGAAUCCUCAUUCCCAAUAAACCCAAUAUUUUUUUCUGCCGUCAUUACAAUGGAACUUGUUACAUGACAAUAUAAACUACACUAUGAAUUGUACUUCCAAUGGACCCUUCCAGCAUACAAUUCACCAUACAAUUAAAAACUACUUAUUGUUCAUUAAUGCUGUUUAAAAACACACAUAUCCACCAUUACUCUAUUCAUUUCGUGCACCCCCUUAUGGAA